UAUAGGCACUGAUGUUACUCUUCCAAGUUAUGGACUCGAGGUAUGUUGCCUUGUUAGAAACGAUUCUUCAUUGCACUUACUCUAGAUCUUCUUCCGUGAAAUUUAAUUUUUUGUUUUAAAAUUAAUUUAACUUCUUCAAAAGAAUAAAAGUGAUGAAAUCUGUUCUUUUUAGACAGUCAAUAUCUGAUCGUUAUUACCAAGCUUUGUACGCGAAACUUCUUGACCCACACCUAAGGCUGUCUUCCAAACAGGUGGGAAUGUUUUAACAACAAAUAAUAAAUAUUACACGAGACAAAUUUACAAACAGACCUCGAUAGAUUUCUUAUGUUUUACACGAACGACUUUUAUGCCUGCUUUCAGUGUCAUGGGAAUCUGCAUGUACUGUACACUCAGUCAAGUCAUGUUUAUGUGUAAUUUCUAUUUAAAGGCAAUGUUCCUGAAUGUUAUAUACAAGUCUUUAAAAAUCGAUACUUCAUUAAAAAGAGUUAAAGUAAGUUCUGCACCUUAAUUUAUAUAUUUUUUCAUAUGUUCUCUCCUGUAUUUUGCUGCGUUGUGUCAGAUUUAAAACAUAGCGUAAUCAUGCACAAUGGAAUUAGACUUUUCCCAAAAGAGAUCACAGUGCAUUCUGGGAUCGUUUGGAGGGACAAAAUAUAUGGUGACAGGCUCAAAUAUGUGAAAGAGUAGAAGUAUCUACUAUCAAAUAUCAACUUUUUAGACGACCAAAAAUGAUAUACUGUAUUUCCUUUUUACAUUAAACAUUUAAUUUAAAGGUGAUCUACAGUCCGAUCUGCGCAUGUGCACAAAUGAGCCCACUUUUUAUGAUGCAAACAGUUCAACUAUGUUUUGAGUUCUUGAAAAGCCUGAUUGUUGUUUCUUGAUCAUUUAUUAUACUCUAGAAGCUUGAAAAUAUAAAUAGUUGUCGAAUAAAGCUCAAUAUUUUGGACACAAAAAAUGUAAACAAAGGCUUUGUUUACAUACGGACUGUAGAUCACCUUUAAAUGUGUGCUGCUAUAUUUCUUGUCCCUCUAACAUGGAAUUCGCGCGACUAUACCAAGGACUUUGCGAAAUGGCUAAUAGCGGAUAAUUAAUAAAAACAUUUAUUUGAUUAGAUUUUUGUGAUAUCCAUUAUUAUCAAGGUCGAAGCAAGUGUUAUUUGAAUUCGAGACAUCACAAAAACCGAAUUCAAUAACUGUUUUAUUAUACAUUGCAUUUUCAUUAACUCUUUCGACAAUUAAUGAUUUGACGUGAAAAACAACGCUUGGCCCUCAAAAAAAGCAGUGAAACUGUUUAAAAUGUUACAAUAACAGCAUAAAAUAAAGAAAACUCAUUUAUCUGCUAGAGUUCCGAUAAAAAUGUCAAGAACGUCUGCAUAGAAAACUGCACCAAAACGCGGUUCGUUGAUGUUGUUUUUUAUUGUUUUUAUUCGUGUAUUUGAAACUGCCGCUUUCUAUAAAAUUACAUACCGCUGGCUCAAGCUACACAUAACUCCGUUAUCUGCUAGCAGAUACAGUACAAUAACUGUGUUAUGUGUAGGUUGCUUAAUUUCCAUGGAUACAACUGCCCCAGUUGGGGUCUGGGGCGGUUGUAUCCCUCCCACCGGGAAGAGGCAGGGUGGAACCCGCGGUUCAUGGGUGAAGGCCCCGAAAGCUAAUCGAUUUUAGCCUUUGCAAGCCUUCAGAACAGUUCAAAAUUGCUUUGAGUUAAUAUUUAAUAUAACGGACUUAAGAUGGCGAAAGUGUGGAUUUUCGAGAAUUCGCCUCGACAUUUACCGAAAUGUUUCUUUAAUUUAGGCUUUUGUAAAACGUCUUCUCCAAGUGUGUUCGACCCAACCGCCUGCCUUUGUAUGUGGAGUGUUGUAUUUAUUAUCAGAGGUACGAAAAAAAACACAGCACCAUAUAAUUGUAUUUGUCAACGGUGCUUGUAUUGAACUCUUUUAUCAUACGUAACUGAACUCGAUGUUUUAGAUUGGAAAAGUAAAACCUGGGAUAAAAAGUCUGGUCACGCAACCUGAGGUACUGCUAUUACUAUUUCAUGAACAACUCUUAUCAAGUUGCUACAAGACUGUCACUCGCAACUUGUUAACAAUUUGUUGAAUUGCAGGACGAUAACAAGUUGUUACAACAACUCGUAACAGUGUGUCGAUUCAACAACCUUGUAGCGAGUUGUCAACAAGCCGUUGACAACUUGUAAACAAGCUGGGAACAAGCAGUGCGAAUACACCCUGAUGACAAGUUGUUGUAACAGCAUUGCUACAAAUCCGUCACAGGCUUCUUACAAGUUCUGUGUGUAAAUUAGCAUUUGCGAUGAUGCGCAAAAUUAUUUCAUUUCAGGAGCUCGACGAGGAAGAACAUUUUACAGAUGUUGUCGACACAACCGAAGAUACCAACAACCCUCCAUCCCCUGCUCAAAAUGACGUCACGAAAGCACCAAACAAUGCCGAUCACGUGACGUCUUCCCACGGUCACGUGUUCGUUGACUCAUCUCGCACGCCUGGUUACCAAGCCAACGCACGAAAUCCGCUGUACAGUGGUGCAGACAGCUCGUGUUUAUGGGAAAUCAUGAAAUUAUCGCGACAUUAUCAUCCGUCCGUCUCCCGCUUUGCUCAAAACAUGUUACAGGUAUGUAUUAGUACAGUAGGCAAUAGUAUCCAUGAUACUACUAGGCACUAUGGAGGUUAUCGUUCCAUGUUUCACGCACCAAUAUAAGUUAGGGUUAGGUAUUAGGGUUAGGGGUUAGGUUAGGGUUAGGUUUAAGGUUAGGGAUAGGGUUAGGGUGUGUAUAUACGUGUAUGGAUUAUUCAGUUAACUUUUCAGUACACUAUAAUAUCCAUUACAUAACGUUUACUAUAUUGGUGCGCGAAACAUGGAACGAUUACCACUAUGGACAAGAGAGAAACCGCUGACUGACAGGGACCGCGGAAGCGGGGGGGGGGAGAUCCAGCUCCCCCCCCUCUCCCAAUAAUUUCCAUGAUACUGAACGCAUAUGGCCCUUUCGUGCUUGGUUUGGGAAAUUGGUAAACAAUAAUGUCUAAUAGUUACGUGCUCAGCUGGCUACAUGGACACAUGACAUUUCCGCAUGGCUGCAGACCUGAACAUAUCUUAUUAUAGCUUUUCUCUUGUAGGGUGAAAAUAUAACAUACGAUGGUGAUCCCUUGUCCGAUUUUACUUUGAUGAGGUAAAAUUAUUUUGGACAAUGAUUGUAAAAUUACUUAAAUUAAAUCAUUCUUCUAUUGUUUCGCCUGUAUUCUAAAAGCUCACUCGCACUCAAUGAGUAGAGGUUCAAUCUGAGCUUCUCUUGAGUGUCAAUGCUGUUUUUGAAUAGCUGGAGGGUGAGUAGUCACAUAGUAAGGUACGACACUAAUCCUCCAGCUAUUCAAAAACAACAUUGACACUCAAGAGAAGCUCAGAUUGAAUUUCCACUCAUUGAGUGUGAGUGAGCUUUUAGAAUACGGGCGUUUGUCUUAAAAUGUCUUGAAAUAGUGACUUGAAUUAAAACAGCUAACAUGCAGUGUUAAACAUUUCAUUGUUAGAUUUCUGGAUAGAUUUGUGUACAAGAAUCCAAAAAAGAAAGAUCAAGGUACUAUUUACUGGAUUUACUGUAUGCGUGAUGACUGUCUGACUGGUCGUAUUAGAUAAAUGAAAUUUUUAUUGAUAUCUUUUUAUCUUUGUUUAGACCAUGGCGGUUCACUUAUGCAG